UAUCUUUUAGCUCCAGAUAUUUGUGAAAUUACCUCACCAAUAGGAAAGAUUAGAGUAGAAUCAAUGUCUGAUUCAAAACUGAUUCAAAACAAAAAAACUGAGUUAAGUUCUAAUUCACUAUCUAUGAAUGACGUGCAUAAGUAUUCUACAUCAUCCACUAGUAAGCCUCAAAAAGUGAAUGCGAAAAAAAACCUUUUCAAUGACUCACAACUGUUUAGUUCACCAAUUAAGUUGCAACAAAAUAUGGAUAUAUCACCUUCUUAUAAAAUUACUAAUUUAGAGUUUUCUUCUGAUUUCAGUUUGGGUCAAGGUAAUAAAUUACAUUCUACUUUUUCUACUCGAUGUUAUAAUAAUUACUUUUAUUUUUUACAUUUAAUAGGAACAAAUAAUCAAUUAAAAAGAUUUGAAAAUACUGUCAAAAAUAAUAAUUUAGAUGGUUUGAUGUCUACUGCAGAUUUUCAAAAACAUGUAUUAUCUGUAUUGACACACCUCAGGUUUGAAGUUAAUAAUAUGGCAUCUACUCAACAAAUAAUGGCAACAAACAUUGAAGUAUUAAUGGGAAAUGCAAAUAAAACACUUAUAAAUUCAUCCUUUAAUAAUGAUAUAAACAAUUUUGAUAUAAAUGAAAUCUUCCCAAUUGAAACGGAUGUUGCUCUUGAAGAAUUUGAAUCAAAGAUUAAAACCAAUGAAAAUGAUUUUAGGCGUGUACUGAUUCGUAAGUUAUGUCUACUAGUUACAACUAAAAGUUUGGGAGAUUCAGUUAGGCGUAUCAUGUCAAGAAUGUUUCAUGAUAAUAUUCUACAGCAGUAUUCAACUUAUGGAUUUAAAAAGAAAAGGCGUUUUGCUUCAUUGGAAUCAUACCGUAUUGUUAUUGAUAUACUACGUACUCACGUUAAGUAUGAAAUGACGCCUGAAAAAGACAUCGAUCAUGAAAUAGGUACCUGGUUGGCACAUGCUCAUUUCAGAAUUAAGAAAAAAAUACUGAAGGAUUCAAAUAAAAACAACUAAUUAUUAACAUUGUCUUUACUAUAAUUCAUAAUAGUUCUCUUAAUACUCUAGAUAUUGUUCAAAAGUCGAUAAAUAUAUUUAUUUUUAUUUUUUAACCUUUAAUUUUUUGGUUUUUUA